CUGUUCUCCGUCCCCCCGGCGGUGUGGGAAGGUGGAUCAGUAGUCUGGUGUCGGUGAUCUGGUUGGAGGGUUCGGGUUGCGUGUCCCCGGACUUCUCUCCUGUCGGAUUUACUCAGAGAUCCUCCGGCUGGAUUGUUUCCCCCCUCCCGGGGCGGACAGUGUGUCCGGAGAAGAGGGGCUCCCUCAGGUAAUGCAGUACAGCUGCGGGGCGAUGAGGGAGCGGAGAGGAUGAUCGGACCCUGGGAAGACUCAGCGCCGCCACAGAGCCGUCCCGACCACCGAGACUACAGACAAGGUAUGAGAAAUGAGUGUUGGCAGGAGAAGAUUAAAAUUGGUGGGGAUCCUAAUGAUGGUAAACUUCUUCAUCUAUGUCAUUGUCGAAGUUUCAAAAAGCGACAGCCAAGACAAAGGUGGAAAAGGACAGGUUCUCUUGCCACAUGGCAAAUUCUGGAAAAAAUAUACAGCAAGCAAUGCUUUUUGGAAUAGGGAGCAGCAAAAGCUGGACAGAUUGUACAAUCCAAUACUCAACAUGCUCAACAAUGUUACAGUGGAAGAGAUGGUGUCUUUCAAUGCAAGUCUGCUAAACUCCUGUGAAAUGGACACAAAUAUACCAUCUGAAAUAAAAGACUUUGGCAGCUUGCCAGACAGAUUUAAGGAUUUCCUUUCUUAUUUAAGAUGUAAGAAUUAUUCCCUGAUUUUGGACGAGCCGGAUAAGUGUAAAGAGAAGCCCUUUUUGCUACUGGCCAUAAAGUCCUUGACACCACAGUUUGAUAGAAGACAAGCCAUACGAGAAUCUUGGGGAAAAGAGAUAAAAUUAAACAACAUGACUGUUGUACGGGUGUUCCUUCUUGGACAAACUCCAACCGAGGACAAUCACCCAGAUCUUUCAAGUCUGAUUAAAUAUGAAAGUGACAUGUACAAUGAUAUCCUCCUUUGGAACUAUAGGGAUACUUUCUUUAACUUGACUCUUAAAGAGGUUCUCUUCCUGAAGUGGGUCAGCCAUUCCUGCGCAGACGUCCAGUUCAUUUUUAAAGGUGAUGAUGACGUUUUUGUAAAUACCCAUCAGAUCCUGGAUUACUUGAAGAUGUUAUCGGCGGAAAAAGCCAAAGAUUUAUUUAUCGGGGAUGUGAUCAAAGAUGCUGGUCCCCAUAGGGACAAGAAGCUGAAGUACUACAUUCCUGAGAGCCUUUAUGAAGGCUCCUACCCACCGUACGCUGGCGGUGGAGGCUUCCUCUACUCUGGCAAUCUGGCAUUAAGACUCUACAAUGCCACUUCUAGGGUUCUCCUUUAUCCUAUAGAUGACGUAUAUACUGGAAUGUGCCUGGAAAAACUUGGGCUAGCUCCAGAGAAACACAAAGGGUUCAAGACGUUUGAUAUAGAGGAGAAACAUAGGAAUAACAUUUGCUCUUAUUCUAACUUAAUUUUAGUCCAUCCAAGGAAGCCUCAAGAAAUGAUUAAGAUUUGGUCGCAGUUACAAGACUCUAGUUUAAACUGUUAGACAAAGAGUGGAGGCCUUAGGCCUUGCCGAAGGAGUUCUAAUUUUUGCACUGCUAAUGUUGUGCGAGCUUGUGCUAGGAGUACAUGUCUUUGUCACACAGAAUGUUUCCAAAGACUUUGUCUGCUUUAUGUAACCAGAGUCUUUGCUUAGCCUGAAGUCUGUUAAUGUUUAUGGUUUUUUUUUUUUUUUUUUUUUUUCGUUCUGAUGCAUUCAGUCUUAAGUUAUAGUUUAAAAAUUUACAUGUGUGGACAGGAUUUCCAGAAGCUUUUACAUACGCACACAUUUGUUUAUUUGGAUAGUACUUCCAUUUUAUUGGGAUCACUGGUUUGCCAAGUUGCCUAAUUUUCAUGCAAGAGAAUUGUGCAAGCUAUAGAUGUAUGUAGAAGUACAAAUGAUAGCGGUUGUAGUACAAAGUUUUAUUCAGCAUACAAUGUCGCACAGUUUUUAGCAGACCAUGAUCUUUAUCAAGCCAAUUCUACAUGAAGGAAGCAGUAUCCUGUACAUACAGGGAUCAGGCAGGAAAGGAAGACACAUGCAUAAUCAUAACAUCUAGACAACAAAUGACCAUUUUUAAAGAAAAAUUAUACAUGGAGAAAGAAGUGUACAGACAUUUCAUCAACGAAGUCCAUGGGGGGGAAAAAAAAAGUUGUAGUAACCACUCAAUCCAUACACAAUUAUAUUGGUGUACAGAGAAUAUGUAUCUAAAACCUACCUAUUCCUUUCUUUAGGAGCUGUAUGCAAUCCCCCACCUCUGGGGUUUGGGAAUAUGAUCAAUUGUCCUAUAACAGAAUCAUGUGGACAGUUAGACAAAAGUGUCUUGCUCCAAAGGAGGCGUAUCUAAUGCUGUGAGGUUCUAGCGCUCACCAUUUUGUGCUUGCGCCAACUUUUUUUUAAAGCUACGUGAGCGAGCUAUUAAAUAUACCAGAUAUGCAGACUGGCACAUCAAAAAGUGAGAGCGAAAAUUGUAUGGAGCCAUCAUAAUGAUGGAUAACAGGUCCCUUAUUGCCUGGGCAUUCAGAAUAGGGCAGGCAAAGAUAGGAACCCUUUUGUUCAUAUUCCCAUCACACAUGUUCCUGGAUUAAAGGCUCUUCUGUAGUGGGUGCUGCAGUGAUCACCAUCUGGACACUGGAUAUAUCGCAGAAAAAUACACAUGCUCACACGCACCAUGGAUCUCAGAUUGUAGUCCAAAGCUUUUAUUGCAGAAAGAUCUCAUAACAGGAUAAGUGCAACGUAACGGAGCCACGCAGUACCCCCUUCGUCAGGCAUACAAUUUGAGAUCCAUGGCAUUCUGGUGAACAUGUGCAUUUAUCAAAGAUGGGAACCCUUCUUACAAGUGCCAAGUAAUGUAAUUGGUUGUGUUUUGACUGGGACAAAGUCUGCCCAAAUCGAACUGUCCAGGGUCUGUUUCCUACGAAAUGCUUGCAUCUUGGAGAAUGCCAAUUGCAAUGUAUUCUCACAUAUGUGAUACUGGCAAACAAAAGGUGUUCUAUUUGGUAUAUGCUUAAUUUUCCUAGUUUUAGCUCCCCAUUUCUUGUUCUAAAGGUAUACUUGGAUGUUCCCCCUCUUUUCAAAAUGUUGACACCUGCAGUUGGCAUAUAUGUGUUUUCGCCUCCUUGUUACUGACUAGUCCCACCACCCUGAGCGUUUGAUUGCAGACAAUAGAUCUUAAAACAGUAGGGGGAUGAAAGCUCUAAUAUGAAAGGAGUUGAUUACGAUCAGUGGCUUUCUUGACAAGAUCAAUUGGUAACGUGGAUCCAGACAGUUGUACAGUGGUAUCCAAAAUAAAGAGUGUGACUAAUGUCAAUGUAGUAAUCUCCUCAGCCAUGUUUAUCUUGUCCUGAAAUGAUAGGAGGGACUCGUAAAUAUGCAUGCAUUCAUUAGCAAAAA